AUCACAUCAAGCGUCAACAAGACCUCAUUUUUCCAUGUUCUUCCGCGUCAAGACCCGAUACUCUCUUUUCAUUGACAUUCAUGGUUUUAAAUUCCAAAGCAAAUUUCUAUGGUCUUUUUCUUCAUUUUUUUUUGGGGGGGUUUUACGAAAUUCAUAAUGGUUAUAACUCUUCUUCAUCAUCUGAAAAUUUCCUGUUUUUAAUCAAUCUGCAUAAAUAAGUUUCAAAUCUGUAAUUUCUCCAUAAAAAUUGCUUUAAAAAAUAUAUAUAUAUUCUGAUUGACUUCUGUACUAAACCUGCUGAAUUUCGUGGAAGAUGCGUUUUUCAAUCGAAGCUGCUUCUUGUGAUCUAAUUUCUGCUGGGGAAACAACUUCUCAGAUCCUGUAAGGAGAAACAACUGCGGAAAGAGUUCUGUUUUGUAAUGGAUAGAAAUGGAAUCGCUGCUGUGUUUUUCUUGUUCUUGAUUUUUUUCGAUGUUUCCAAUGCUUCCUUUAUCUGGAAACUUCGAAAGCUAGGUGAUAAAGGUCUCAAAAACAGCUCCGGCGCCAAGGAAGGAGUUUCUCCGUCGCCGAGUCCUGAGGUUUCCAAUGCAACAGGAUAUGCACUUCCUCCGACCGAUACCGGCAAGGCCUCAGGGGAAAGGGAUUCGGGGAGUCCACCUCCUAAAAGCCUACCAGGUAGUGGAAAUAAAGAUGAGGAGGAGCAGACGACUGAUAAUGGGGAUAAAAAUGACUCACAACCGGGUCCUAGUGAAACUUGCGAGGGGGUGUCCAAGAUGUGCAAGGACAAUAAUUCAUUAACUGUCUGCAUAAAAAGUUCUGAAAUUGGGUCCAAAGAGUUGGUUCUUCUAUUCAAAAAUGAAGGGAAUGAAACUUUAAAAGUACAUCCUGUGCCCUCAAACUCUGUUAAGUAUCCUUUCGAGGAGCUAGACAUACCAAAACAUGAAAAUAAAACGAGCAAUAUCACCGUGGCUUUCAACCAAAGAGUCAAUUUGACAUUCGAUGCUGGACAUGGAAAUUGCGUUAUUCAAGUGGACCCUCUUGAUCCUAAAAAAGGGGUCUUCCACCUUCCAUCAUAUGACCAGCUAGUGACCCCAGUUAAUGGUGCAUAUUUCUUGAUUGCAGCAAUUUUAAUCUUUGUAGUAACAUGGACUUGCUGCAAAUUUAAGAAGAGGAGAAGGCAGCUGGAUGGAAUCCCUUACCAAGAGCUAGAAAUGGGAAGGCCAGAAUCUAUGUCAGCAGCUACAGGAGUUGAAACAGCAGAAGGUUGGGAUCAGGGUUGGGAUGAUGAUUGGGAUGAAGAAAAUGCAGUGAAACCACCAGCAGGACAUCACCUAGGAAACAUCUCAGCAAACGGGCUCACUGCUAGGUCUCCAAAUAAAGAUGGCUGGGAAAAUGAUUGGGAUGAUUAGGAUUUUUACUUUUAAAAAAAGGCAAGGCAAGGCAAGAAUUCAACACUCAGAGAUGGCUGAAAGAUGAAACAAUAGCAGAUAUACGGAAAUAAUAGGAAAUUCAGUGUAUAAACUGUAAAUUCUCCACAUACUUGCCAUGUUGACAUGGGACUAGUAGGCGUUGUCUAGGGGAGUUACACAUAUAUUUUUCUGCCCUUUGUAAUCGUUCUUUGGCAACUUGUUUCCCUUAACCUUCAUUAGGUUCACACUGUUUUCAACCCUUUUUCUCCAUCUAAGUGGGUAACCAUGUCUGAAAUUAUGUGAGAUUUUUGUCAUCUCCUCCGGAACGUAUCUUUUUUUGUGAUAACGGGCAUUGGCCUAUUAGGUAAUGAAAACUGUCUUCUUUCUUUUUUCUCAUAAGCAUUGCAGCGAUGUAUUCUCCAAAAAAUCAAUGUAUUUUAAUUCC